AUGGCUACUGUAGCCUCAGACCUGGUUAAGCCCACCAAGUACGGCGGAAAAUUCACAGUCACCUUGAUUCCUGGUGAUGGUAUCGGUGCCGAAGUAACGGACGCCGUCAAGACUAUCUUCAAGCAUGAGAACGUCCCAGUCGAGUGGGAUCAAGUAGACGUCACUGGUGUUGUCACUGGAAACAUGCACUCUGAGCAUCUUUACCGCCAGUCGGUUGCCUCUUUGAAGAGAAACAAAGUUGGUCUUAAGGGUAUUCUGUACACCCCCGUCGAGCGCUCUGGCCAUCAGUCCUUCAACGUUGCCCUCCGUCAGGAGCUUGACAUCUAUGCCUCAGUUGUUUUGAUUAAAAACAUGCCUGGAUACAUUACUCGUCAUUCCAACGUCGACAUGUGUAUCAUCCGUGAGAACACUGAGGGUGAAUACUCCGGCCUGGAGCAUCAAUCUGUUCCUGGCGUCGUCGAGUCUCUUAAAAUCGUCACUAGGAUGAAGUCGGAGCGUAUUAGCAAGUUUGCAUUUUCCUUCGCAACUGCGAACCAAAGGAAGAAGGUCACUGUUAUUCACAAGGCGAACAUCAUGAAGCUUGCCGACGGUCUUUUCAGAAAUACCUUCCUGGAAGUUGCCAAGGAUUACCCCCAGCUUGAGGUCAAUGAUAUGAUUGUCGACAACGCCUCCAUGCAAGCUGUCUCUAGACCUCAACAGUUUGAUGUCCUUGUCAUGCCAAACUUGUACGGAUCCAUUCUCUCCAACAUCGGUGCCGCAUUGGUUGGUGGUCCCGGUAUUGUUCCGGGAUGCAACAUGGGUAGGGAAUAUGCUGUUUUUGAGCCUGGCUGCAGACACGUUGGUCUGGAUAUCAAAGGGCAGGAUCAGGCAAACCCAACAGCGCUGAUUCUGUCGGCAACUAUGAUGCUGAGACAUUUGGGACUUGAUGACCACGCUACCAGAAUCUCAGAGGCUGUUUACAGCGUUGUUGCUGAAGGAAAGGUUCGAACCAGAGAUAUGGGCGGCGACAGCAAGACUCACGAGUUCACCAAUGCUGUGUUGCACAAGAUGGAACAAAUUUAA